ACCCCUGUCAAAGGAGGUGGAGCGAGGGAGAUGGUGUCCGCCUCCUGUUCUUCCCUGCCGUUCUUCAGAGGAGCCUGAACGGGGACAAAACACGCUGAACUCGACACAAAGCAGGGGGGCACCCACUGGCGCUGGCGCUAGAGGCGAGCCCUGGGGGCUGGGGCUGGGGAUAGGAGUCAGCGGGCCAGGGAGCAGAGCGACCCGGCCAGAAAAGACGAUCUGGAACUCGGCGCCCAGGACGGAGCGGAGGAGCCUCGGCAGGAAGGCAGCAGCGCCCCGGAGCCUGAGUGUGCAGGGACACUUUUGGCAGGGAAGGCGGCGGCGGCCGCGGCAGCAGCGAUGGAGAGGAAAGUCUCCUGAGUAGCACCAGCAAACUUCAGCGGUUCCCUAGCUUCCCUGGCCUCCCUCCUUCAGUGCUUCCCUCCCCGUGCGCCUUGUCCUGUCUUUCCCCAUGUGCAGCCUCCCAGCCGAAGCUCUCCUCUUCGCAGGCGGAUGGGUGACCCUUUCCUGGCAGGGGCAGGCUGUUUGAGGCGGCGGAGCAGGCGAUGAAGAAGAAGCAGCAGCAGCAGCACCACAGCAGCACCGACCCCUGGACCCAUGUGGCCCCCCAGGGGGGAGCCCCUCCCGGGCCGGGCAGCUGGAAACGCCCCGGCUCCUUGCUGCCUUUCCUGCGCUUCUCCCUCCGGGAUUACGGUUUCUGCAUGGCCACCCUUUUCGUCUUCUGCCUGGGAUCCCUCUUCUAUCAGCUCAACGGGGGACCCCCUCGCUUCCUGCUCGACCUGCGGCAGUACUUGGCUCGCCAGGUGUGAAAACCAAAGAGCAUCAAUAUGCCAUAGCAACCGGCC